AAUCCAUCAGAGCAUCCUGUAAAACCAGUAGGGGAGAGAGAGAGAGCUAAACAAGCCGGAGCUCUUGGGCGAGCUGAGAGAGAGUUGAAGCGGGAAAAUGGCGACUCCCAUUUUCAAGGCAUCAGUUCCUCACUCCAAUCCACUGUUACACUCCUUGCUUCCACUUCUAUGGACUGGAACUGUAAAUUCAGUUCCAAAGAAGAACAAUCUGCUGCUGCUUCCGCUUCGGGCUUCAUCGGAACUCAACUCUCUCCGGAGUAGGUCACUCUGGGAUUUGAAUUCAGGUUACGUCCUGAUGAAACGUAUCAAUGGGAUUUGCAGGUCAGAGGUGUCGCUCUGUGUUGGAAGUCACCUCAUUCCACAUCCCAACAAGGUUGAAAAAGGUGGGGAAGAUGCAUUUUUCACAAGUAGCUAUAGUGGUGGAGUACUAGCCAUUGCUGAUGGUGUCUCAGGUUGGGCUGAAGAGGAUGUGGAUCCUGCGCUUUUUUCUCGGGAACUGAUUGCAAAUGCUUCUGGUUUUGUGCCAGACGAGGAGGUCAACUAUGAUCCGCAAGUUCUCAUCAGAAAAGCGCAUGCUGCUACCUCCUCAAUCGGCUCAGCUACCGUGAUUGUGGCUAUGCUGGAGAGAAAUGGAACGCUGAAGAUUGCGAAUGUCGGGGAUUGUGGACUAAAGCUUAUCCGUGAAGGACAGAUAAUAUUCUCCACUACUCCACAAGAACACUAUUUUGAUUGUCCGUACCAACUGAGUUCAGAAACUGUCGGCCAGACAUAUCUUGAUGCUAUGGUUAGCAGUCUGGAAGCGAUCGAGGGGGAUAUCAUUGUGAUGGGUUCAGAUGGUCUUUUCGACAAUGUUUUUGAUCAUGAGAUUGUUUCGACAAUUGGCCAACAUAGAAAUGUUAGUGAUGCUGGUAAGUCAUCUUAUGUCUAGACGUUACUUUCUUGCCUCUCUUUUUACUAAUUGCCUUUCGUAACUUUGACCACUGCAAUGGUAGCAAAGGUUCUGGCUAACUUGGCAAGAGUUCAUUCACUGGAUUCGAGCUACGAUUCACCCUAUGCAUUGGAAGCCAGGUCCAAGGGUAUUGAGCCCCCGUGGUGGAAAAAGAUCAUUGGCAUGCAACUCACAGGUGGAAAGCUUGACGAUAUUACUGUGAUAGUCGCCCAGAUUGUAAGUUCGUUAUAGAUGAGGGAUCUUGGAUUGGGAAAAAACAGAACUCAGGGAUGAACCUCAAUCUUAAUGUUGCUGUACAGAAUGCCAAACUUGUGCACUUCAUCAUAGUGGGAGCAAUACGCUUCGAGCAAAUUACUUCAGUUUCUAGUUGGAUUUGAUUCCAGUUACUGACUUCUCAAUAUUCAGCUCAAUAACAUUCAUUAGCGAUCUGGCAAACCUGUUUGUAUGCUAAUUGCUAACAACAAUUGAGCAUGGGAUGAAGUUCUGUAAUUGAUGGCAUUGAAGCAUUUCAUUUCAAUAGAUAAUCAAAUUCGAUAGCAUUUGCAACUUCCUAAAGGAAAAAAUCUGCAUUUCAAACUG